UUGGGAGCUGAUGCCCGCGUGUCCUGAGGAGUUUUGGGGUCCCUUUGGGCCCCCCUCGGGAGCUGAUCCCAGUGUGUGUCCUGAGGAGUUUUGGGGUCCCCUUCGGGAGCUGAUCCCAGUGUGUGUCCAGAGGAGUUUUGGGGUCCCUUUGGGAGCUGAUCCCAGUGUGUGUCCGGAGGAGUUUUGGGGUCCCUUGGGCCCCCCUCGGGAGCUGACGCCCGCGUGUCCCCGCAGCUCCGUGUACGAUGGGGAGGAGCACGGGCGCUUCAUGGAGAAGUUGGAGGCUCGGAUCCGGAACCACGACCGGGAAAUUGAGAAAAUGUGCAACUUCCACUACCAGGGCUUCGUGGAUUCCAUCACCGAGCUGCUCAAGGUCCGCGCCGAGGCCCAGAAACUCAAGAACCAAGUGACCGACACCAACCGGAAGCUGCAGAACGAAGGGAAAGAGCUGCUCCUGGCCAUGGAGGAGCUGCGGCAGUGCCGGCUGCAGCAGAGGAACAUCUCGGCCACGGUGGACAAGCUCACCCUGUGCCUCCCUGUGCUGGAGAUGUACAGCAAGCUGCGGGAGCAGAUGAAAUCCAAGAGGCACUACCCAGCCCUGAAGACCUUGGAGCACCUGGAGCAAACGUUCCUGCCCCAGGUGAGCCACUACCGCUUCUGCCGGGCCAUGGUGGACAACAUCCCGCGGCUGCGGCGCGAGAUCCAGGAGCGCUCCAUGUCCGACCUCAAGGACUUCCUGGAGAGCAUCCGCAAGCACUCGGACAGGAUCGGCGAGACCGCCGUCAGGCAGGUGGGCCGGGGGAGC